AUGGAACCGAACGACAAGAACGUCGAAGCAGUGCCACUAACACCGUCAAAGUCGAAGCAUUCCAGCAAGUCAAAGCUACCAGAGAAUGUAAACCCUAACCUUACUAGCCUUAAUCCGAAAGCCUUGAAUUCCCCAUUAGUCAAAUCAGCGACUAAAGUCCAGAAAUCGACGAUGAAGAAACCUACUCAGAUCUUUUCGCCUUCUCCCGAGAACAAGAUUCGUGAGAGGAAGUUUGUGGUGGCAAAGAAGAAUUCAAAGAUAGACAAUGAUAAAACCCCGAUUAUAGUCGAUUGUAAAUGUAAGGCUAGUGAUAAUUUGGACAAAUGUUUGUGUGUUGCUUAUGAGACUCUUAGGGCUUCUAAUGAAGGGUUUUUCAAUCGGAGUGAAGUUAUUGUUCAGACAAACAACAAUCCUGUUAGACAAUUCUAG